GCCUUAGGGAAGCGCUGCGGUUGUGUGCGGACAUUACUACAGGCAGCCACACCGUAGCAACCGAGUACAAGAAGGUGCUUGUAACAGUGUAUUUGAGAAUAUAGCUUGUCUUAUUUUUUAUCACAACAAUAUUUAAUCCGUUUUUAUACAUAAAACUAUGCCGGAGGACACUGUCGACAAGCCGAACACGGUCACAUGCACCGCUCCUGUGAAUAUUGCUGUCAUCAAAUACUGGGGGAAGCGAGAUGAAGAGCUGAUUCUGCCCAUAAACUCCUCUUUGAGUGUCACUUUGCAUCAAGACCAGCUUAAAACUACCACAACAGUUGCAUCUAGCAGAUCAUUUCAGGAGGAUCGGAUAUGGCUCAAUGGCAAAGAAGAGGAUAUAAACCAUCCAAGACUGCAGUCCUGUCUGAGAGAGAUUCGACGACUAGCGAGGAAGAGACGCAGCGAUGGAGACCCCAGUGUGGAUGCGACUACUUUGUCGCAUAAAGUCCACAUCUGCUCUGUCAACAACUUCCCCACUGCUGCUGGUCUGGCCUCCUCUGCUGCAGGGUUCGCAUGUCUAGUGUACACAUUGGCUCGGGUGUUUGGGGUGGAAGGAGAGUUGUCUGGGAUUGCCAGGCAAGGCUCAGGCAGUGCAUGUCGGAGCAUGUAUGGGGGCUUCGUCCAGUGGAUCAUGGGACAGAGAGACGAUGGCAAGGACAGUCUUGCCCAGCAGGUGGAGCCGGAGACUCACUGGCCUGAGCUCAGAGUUCUUGUACUCGUGGCCAGUGCUGAGCGGAAGCCAGUAGGCAGCACCUCCGGGAUGCAAACCAGUGUGCAAACAAGCUGCCUAUUAAAGCAUCGAGCUGAGUCUGUUGUCCCAGGCCGAAUGGAGCAGAUGAUAGAGGCAGUUCACGAGAAAGAUUUUUCUACAUUUGCCGAACUGACCAUGAAGGACAGUAACCAGUUCCACGCCACCUGCCUCGACACGUACCCUCCCAUCUUCUACCUCAACAGUGUGUCUCGUCAGGUCAUCAGCUUGGUGCAUCAGUACAACAGGCACUACGGCGAGACAAGGGUGGCCUACACCUUCGACGCAGGGCCAAACGCUGUGAUUUACACUCUGCAGGAGCAUGUGGCUGAGUUCAUCCAGGUGGUUCAACAUUUCUUCCCCCCAGAGACCAACGGAGGACAGUUUAUAAAAGGUCUUCCAGUUAGGCCUGCUGUUGUCUCUCAGGAGCUGAAGCAGGCUAUUGGUUUAGAGCCCAUGCCUAAAGGAAUCAGCUACAUUAUCAGCACCAAGGCGGGACCAGGCCCUCGUGUUGUGGAGGAUCCUGACCAGCAUCUGCUCGGAUCUGAUGGCUUGCCUAAGAGGGACAUUUGACAGCCGUUGGUGCUGAAGACACAGUCGUCCCCUGAGCAACAGGAAUCCCUAGCCUAGAUAUAGUCUGUAUCAGUCAUAUGUAACUAGGUUUAUACACAGUAAAACACAGCACCUCUAUGACCAUUGUUUAGCCAGGAUGCUCAUAUCUCUCUCCGUUCAUCAAUCUAUUUUGGUCUAUCUCUCUUUAUACCUAUUUCUAUUAUCUCCCCCUCUCUUUCUAUUCCUGUAACUUUAUAUCUAAUACUCUAUUUCUCUAUAGAUGCCAAUCUCUCUAUCUCUCCUGAAGCUCUUCUGAAUAAACAUGCAAAAAAUGAACGUAGCAGGAAGUGUGACUGUAAAGUCCCAGAGGGCAGGAGGUCGACUGGUAGGUUCAGGCUACAACAUCAAGGAGUAUCGCAGCCGGGAACUCGUGAUAGAAGGCUGCCAACACUGCCCGCGUGCCCUUGAACAAACUCACCUUGUGCUCCGACUUGUGUUGAAGAAAUGAAUAAACAGUGUCACAGGGGCUAUGCACAGUAUCUCUGCAUAGACCCUGUCCUAUUGCAAUAUCCUGGUGUAAAAAUUGCAAAUCUUCCUUUUGUGACAAUGUGUUGUAUUACGGAAUUUCAAAUGCACUUAAUUCUAUUCGUGCUGUAUGUUAUAAUAAAAUAUAUUUUAGUCUAUAUAAUUAA